AUGAUCCAGUUGGAAGAAGAAACCAUCCUUACCAUGGCUUGGCUAAUGAUAGCCAGUGCCAUUGUGGUCUUUGCUGCUUUACGAUUCGGAUUGACUGCUGGAUAUGGAAGAUACACUAAUACUGCUCGUCUUGGAAUCAGUCCACGAUUGGCAUGGUUCAUCCAAGAGGCACCGUCUUUCUUCAUUCCCUUCUACUAUCUCUUCAACGGAACUUCCAACUCAGGACAUUAUUUGACUCGUGUCUUCCUUCUCCACUAUUUCAACAGAGUGUUCAUCUUCCCAUUAAAAAUUCGUUCCACUACUGUUUCUCCAUUGUACAUCAUGCUGUCGGCAAUUUUCUUCUGCUGCUACAACGGAUUUAUGCAAGGAUAUUGGAAUGCCUUUUAUCAACCAGAAGAAGGAGCGCUUACUGCUCGUCAUUAUAUUGGAUCUCUCCUAUUCUUCUACGGAAUGUACAUCAACCACAAGGCCGACAGAAUCCUGUUCAACUUGAGAGCUCCAGGAGAGACUGGAUACAAGAUUCCAGAGGGAUGGUUGUAUGAGCACAUCUCCUGUCCAAACUACUUUGGAGAAAUUGUCGAGUGGACCGGAUACGCAAUCAUGGCCUGGAAUCUUCCAGCUCUCGCCUUCGCCAUUUUCACCGCUUCCAACAUCGGACCACGAGCGAUCAGUCAUCAUGCAUGGUACAAGGAAAAGUUCCCAGAGUAUCCACCACAUCGGAAGGCUCUCAUCCCAUUCCUUUUGUAA